AUGGCGCACCAGCUGGGGGGCAAGGCCGAAUAUUCCCAGAGAUUUGGGAACACUGAAAACAAAGAAACCCCGAGCUGUUUUCGGGAGGCUCAGCGCUGGCGCAAUGAGAACUACGAGAGGCCCGUGGACCUGGAGGGCUCUGGGGAUGACGACCCCUUUGGAGAAGAUGAGCUGGACGAUGUCUACUCUGGCUCUGGCUCGGGGUAUUUCGAGCCAGAGCUGGGACUGGACACGGCCGUGAGCCUGACCACAGACACGCUGGUGACACUGCCCACCACAGCGGCCCUGCUUCCCGUCACCGCUGCCCAGCCCGUGGCAACGCCCCUGGAGCCAUCCCCCAGCACCCAGGACACCACCCUCGGGCAGACAACCAGCGCCUUCCUCAUCCCCAGGACCACAGAAGCACCGGUGGUGCCCAGCUGGAAAGCCCCCACCACCAGCACCACGGCCAGCGAGCCCCCAACCACCACGGCCACCACCACCGUGGCCACCACCGUGUCCACCACCACCACCCCGGCCACCACGACCACCACGACCACCACCAGCACCACUACCACCAUGGAGGCCACCAUGACCGCAAGCAGCACCACCGUGGCCACGGCCAAGCCCACCACCAUCCGGAGGUUCCUGCCCCCCUUGGCCACCAAGGCGGCCACCACCCAGGCCACUACCCUGGAGACCCCCACCACGCCCGUCCCCGAAACCAGCACCCCAACAGAGGUGGCCACGUCACGCCUUGUCCCCACCAGCACGGCCAAGCCCAGGGCUCUGACAAAGCCCAGCACCUCGAGGACUGCAGAGCUCCCCGAGAAAAGCACGGCCUCACUGCCCACGGCCACCACUCUGCCGCCCACAGAGGCCCCCCAGAUGGAGCCUGGGGAGGUGAUGACAGUUCCUGACAGCGAGGUGGAGGUCCCGGCUAGCAGUGGCCCCAGUGGGGACUUCGAGAUCCGGGAGGAGGAGGAGACGACUCGACAGGAGCUCGGGAACGAGGUGAUGGCUGUGGUGACACCGCCCGCAGGGCCGGGGCCCGGCAGGAAUGUGGAGACGGGGCUGAUGGACAACACGAUAGACUCGGGCAACUCGGCUGCACAGCUGCCCCAGAAAAACAUCCUGGAGAGGAAAGAGGUGUUGAUAGCGGUGAUCGUGGGUGGCGUGGUGGGCGCCCUUUUUGCCGCCUUCCUGGUGAUGCUGCUCAUCUACCGCAUGAAGAAGAAGGACGAGGGCAGUUACACCCUGGAGGAGCCCAAGCAGGCCAACGUCACCUACCAGAAACCCGACAAGCAGGAGGAGUUCUACGCGUAG